AUGAUAUUAACUGAUAAUCAGGAAGACAAUAAUCGUUUCGAAAUAAUAUAUCGUCCGGAAAAUAGUCAUAUUGGUUUAACAUGUGAUUUAACUGAUGUUGCUUGGUGGAAACGACCAAAUUUAUUAGCAACAAGAUAUGGUAUUAUUCUAUCAAAAUAUCGUUCAAAAAUGACUUUAGAAAAAAAGGACGAUGGAACAACAACAAGUGGAAUACAACUGCAUACAUUAAAUAUUCAUCAUCUUCAAUCAAAUGACUCAGGAAUUUAUGAAUGUGAAACAUUAGGAGCUAUUCGACAAUUUAAUUUAACUGUAACAGUUCGCCUUACAACUGUUGAACUUGGUGCUCAACUUCUAUCGUCACACGAUUCAACAAUAACUUAUACAUCAAAUCAAACCGAUAAGGAUCUUUUUCAUCAAUCAUCAUCAUCAACACAUUUGCUUUUUUAUUCAUUAUUAUCAAAUAAUGGACAAAUACGUUUGCGAGAAAAUCAAUUAAUACGUAUUACAUGUGUUGUAUCACGUGCUUUACCAGCUGCUUAUAUUUUUUUUCCAUUUGAUAUUGAGUAUCGUGUAGAAAAAAAUUCUACAAUUGAAAACGACGAUAAAACUUACCGAACAAUACUUAUUAUAACACUUCGAAUCAAUCGUCAUUUUCAUCAACGUUUAUUUCAUUGUGAAGCUAGUCAAACACAAUUUAUUAAUGAUGAAAAUAAACAAGAACAACAAACUCCAAUACUUUCCAAUAAAUUCCAAACGGAUGUGGUUUAUGGUCCAACAUGUUCACAUAAAAUUCAAUUUCCACUUCAAUUCUUUACUGGUAUCCAUCGUCCAAUAAAUUUAACUUGUUUUAUGAAUGAUGCUAAUCCAUCAAAAUUAAAUUUUACAUGGAUUUUACCAAAUGGAAUUGAACGUUCGGGAUAUUAUUUAAAUCAAACUGCAAGCUAUAUAACAGUUAUACCAAAACAAAUUCAAGAUUUUGGACAAGCAACUUGUCGAGCACAAAACGAACCUAAUUUAUUUGCUGAGUGUCAUGUUAAUAUGAUUAUGGGAGGUAUACCUGAUCCUGUUAAGUCAUGUACUUAUACAUAUGUAAAUACCACUUUAACAGUUAAUUGUGUGGCUGGAUUUCAUCAAGGUGAUGAAGAUUUCUUUUGUUAUAUGUUUAAACGACAAGAAAAUGGUUCUUUUUCUGAACAUGGACGAUUAAGAGGUAAUUGUGCAUUUAUCCUUCCUGAGCUUAAACCUGAACAACAUCAUGAUUUUCGUGUAUUCACAAAGAAUAAAUACGGUGAUAAUUUUGAUCGAAGUUAUCCAAUUACAGUGGGAAAACCAAAAGCUGAAACACUUGCAGAAAAAACGCGACUUUACUGGCCUUAUAUGGCUAUAUGUAUUAUUGGUGCGUGUCUUGUUUCAUUAUUAAUUAUUUGUUGUUGUUGCCAUCAAAUACGUCGAUCGUUAUAUAAAAGAAAAACGAAAGGCAAUUUUGACAGUCUUACUUAUCAAAAUCAUAAUUCAAAUACACAUGCUAAUUCUAAUGGCAAACAUUCUUCAGUACAUCUUAAACAGAAUGGCAAUGGAACAACAUAUCCUGUCCGUCCUUAUCGCUCGAAAGAUUAUUUAGUAUCUUCUGAAACCUCGAAAUCAUAUGGUAAUAAUCCUCCCUUACGAAGUAUAUAUACACCUGAAGAAGAAUUUGUAUCAGCACGAAGAAAUACAUUAAAAGAAACUGAUCUUGAUCAAUUACUUGGUUCAACAAAUACAACUGGACCUUCAGCAACAGCAACAAUAAAAACAUUACCACAAAAUCGUACUCGUCCUCUAUUUGCUGCAUAUGCUACUCAUGAUCAACAACAACUACAAUUACAACAACAACAAAAACAACGUGAUGAAUCUAAUUUACAUCCCUUAACAAUCCAACGUCGUUCAAGUUUUCAAACUGCAACUAAAUUAAAUGGUUUAGAUUUUUAUACAUCACAAGAACCAUUCUAUUUAAUUGAUCGACAAAUGAUGAAAAUGAAUCAACGCGGUAAUUAUUCUCCUGAACGUGAUCUUCGUGAACGUGAACAUUAUCGUGAAAUACGUCGCGAAUAUUCGCCUUAUCCAAAAGAUGAUAAUUUAAUUGAUAUGAAUCGACAAAAUUUACUUGAUACACAUCGUAGUAGAGAAAAUAGUGUUAUUGUUGACAAUCAUUUAUUAACAAAUGUUGAACCUUUAAGUCGUGCAAGUUCACCAACUGAUCAUCAUUGGCGUGAAAUGAAUGCUAUUGAUGAAAUUGAUUAUCAUGAUCGUUAUAUGGAUUCAAAUGAUAAUGAACGAGACACUUUUCGAGAUAAUAUAGAUGACAAUAAUGAAUUUCUUACAAAUGAUGAUGAUCGAGAUAGACGUAGUCUUGAUAGAAUAUCUAUGGAUUAUAGAAACGAUGAUAAUACAAUUGUUAAUGAUGAUCGCGAUGAUGAUCGCUAUCGUGAUGAUGGUAUUUUUGUGUGA